AUGGCUGCCGAGACACCCCGAAAGUCACUCAUCCUCAAUGCCUUCGUGGAAAUGUGCAGCGGCCACCAGUCGCCUGGGCUUUGGCGACACCCAGAAGACGAGUCGCAUCGCUUCAAUGAUGUCGACCACUGGGUAGAACUGGCACAGCUUCUCGAAUCCGCCAAAUUCCACGGAAUCUUCAUCGCAGAUGUCCUCGGCGGAUACGACGUAUACAAGGGCCCGAAGAACCUCGAUCCUGCGGUGAUCUCGGGUGCGCAGUGGCCGGUCAAUGAGCCCUUGGCCGUUGUUCCUGCCAUGGCGGCGGCGACGAAGAGCAUCGGUUUUGGUGUUACAGUCACAACGACAUAUGAACAACCGUAUCAUCUAGCCAGGCGACUAUCAACAGUCGAUCAUCUUACCAAGGGACGUGUCGGCUGGAACGUCGUCACAGGAUAUCUCGAUUCAGCAGCUCGCAAUCUAGGCCAAGCCGAGCAGCCACACCACGAUGACCGCUACCUCCUUGCCGAAGAAUAUAUCAAGGUGACCUACAAGCUGUGGGAGUCUUCCUGGCGACAAGACGCAGUGAUCCGAGACCGCGAGCGUGGAAUCUACACAGACCCAGCAGGUGUGCGAGAGAUUAACCAUGUGGGCAAAUACUACAAUGUUCCUGGGCCCCAUCUAUGUCAGCCCAGCCCACAGCGGACACCAGUGAUUCUCCAAGCCGGAACCUCCAAGGCGGGCAAGACAUUCGCAGCACAGCACGCCGAAGCUAUUUUCGUGGGAGGCCACAGCCCAUCAGUGGUAGCGAAGAACGUCAAAGAGAUUCGCGAACUGGCUCAGAGUGAGUUCGGUCGUGAUCCCCGAAGCAUUAAGUUCCUUGCUUUGAUCUGUCCCGUUCUUGGGAAGACGGAAGAGGAAGCCGUUGAGAAAUUCAAGUAUUAUCGAAGCCUGGGAUCAAUUGAUGGUGCUCUUGCCCUGUUUGGUGGAUGGACUGGUAUUGAUUUGGAUACUUAUGGGGACGACGAGGAGCUGCGUCAUGUCGAGAGUAACGCGAUUCGGUACGUGGGACUGAUCUAUGCUGUGAAAUAUGCUGACUGGUUUAGAUCUGCUGUCGAGGGAUGGUCAAAGGCAGCGCCGGGAGUCGCUAAAUGGACAAAGGCCACUGUCGGCCAACAUAUUACUGUUGGUGGCCUCGGUGCUACGCCGGUCGGCACAGCUGCUCAAGUCGCCGAUAACAUGGAGCGGUGGGUGGAAGAGGCCGACGUCGACGGAUUCAACUUGGCAUACGCGAUCAAGCCUGGAUCUUUCAAGGAUAUUAUCGAUCUUUUGAUCCCAGAGCUGCGCAAGCGUGGUCUUUUCUGGGAUGACUAUACCGUCCCGAAGGGGACAUACCGAGAGAACCUUUAUGGAGAGCCAGGCCAGUCAGGUCCUCAUGCAGAUCACCCUGCCUCGAAGUAUCGGUGGAACGCUGGGGUUGACGCCGCGGACGCCCCGGUUCCUGAAAACUAA